GGAGGCAGCGGUAUCGGGAUGGCGGACGCCGACAAGCCCGAGGUGCCCGGGACCGCUGGCGACGACAGUCCGCAUCAGCAGCCCGUGGAGCAGCCGGGCGAGCCGCGGCGAGAACCGCACCCGCCGGAGCCGGAGAAGCAGCCGCCGCAGCACAGCAGCAGCUCCAAUGGCGUUAAAAUGGAGAAUGAUGAAUCCGUCAAAGAAGAUAAAUCUGAAUUAAAAGAAAAAUCUUCAGGAAAUAAGAAGGCCAAUAGAUUUCAUCCUUAUUCAAAAGAGAAGAAUUCAGGCACUGGAGAAAAGAAGGGUCCAAAUCGAAACAGAGUUUUCAUUAGCAACAUCCCAUAUGACAUGAAAUGGCAAGCUAUUAAAGAUCUAAUGAGAGAAAAAGUUGGUGAGGUUACAUACGUGGAGCUCUUUAAGGAUGCGGAAGGAAAAUCAAGGGGUUGUGGUGUGGUUGAAUUCAAAGAUGAAGAAUUUGUAAAGAAAGCACUAGAAACUAUGAACAAAUAUGAUCUUAGUGGAAGACCCCUGAAUAUUAAGGAGGAUCCUGAUGGAGAAAAUGCUCGUAGGGCAUUGCAACGAACAGGAGGAUCAUUUCCAGGAGGACAUGUACCCGAUAUGGGAUCGGGGUUGAUGAAUUUACCACCUUCCAUUCUCAAUAAUCCAAACAUUCCUCCUGAGGUUAUCAGUAAUUUGCAGGCUGGUAGACUUGGUUCCACAAUUUUUGUUGCUAAUCUUGACUUCAAAGUUGGUUGGAAGAAGCUAAAGGAGGUGUUCAGCAUAGCUGGAACUGUAAAGCGGGCAGAUAUUAAAGAAGACAAAGAUGGCAAGAGCAGAGGAAUGGGCACAGUCACUUUUGAACAAGCAAUUGAAGCAGUUCAAGCAAUUUCUAUGUUCAAUGGGCAGUUUUUGUUUGAUAGACCUAUGCAUGUGAAAAUGGAUGACAAGUCUGUCCCUCAUGAAGACUACCGUUCACAUGAUAGUAAAACACCACAGUUACCACGCGGUCUUGGAGGCAUUGGAAUGGGACUUGGUCCAGGCGGACAGCCUAUUAGUGCCAGCCAGUUGAACAUAGGUGGUGUAAUGGGAAAUUUAGGUCCAAGUGGUAUGGGAAUGGAUGGUCCAGGUUUUGGAGGAAUGAAUAGAAUUGGAGGAGGAAUUGGGUUUGGUGGUCUGGAAGCAAUGAAUAGCAUGGGAGGAUUUGGAGGAGUUGGCCGAAUGGGAGAGCUGUACCGUGGUGCGAUGACUAGUAGCAUGGAGAGAGAUUUUGGACGUGGUGAUAUUGGAAUAAAUCGAGGCUUUGGAGAUUCCUUUGGUAGACUUGGCAGUGCAAUGAUUGCAGGAAGAAUAGGAGCUUCUAACAUGGGUCCAGUAGGAUCUGGAAUAAGUGGUGGCAUGGGUGGCAUGAACAAUGUGACUGGAGGAAUGGGGAUGGGAUUGGACCGGAUGAGCUCCAGCUUUGAUAGAAUGGGACCAGGUAUAGGAGCUAUACUGGAAAGGAGCAUCGAUAUGGAUCGAGGAUUUCUAUCUGGGCCAAUGGGAAGCGGAAUAAGAGACAGAAUAGGCUCCAAAGGCAACCAGAUAUUUGUUAGAAAUCUGCCUUUUGACUUGACUUGGCAGAAACUAAAAGAGAAAUUCAGUCAGUGUGGUCAUGUAAUGUUUGCCGAAAUAAAAAUGGAGAACGGAAAGUCAAAAGGCUGUGGAACGGUCAGAUUUGACUCCCCAGAAUCAGCUGAAAAAGCCUGCAGAAUAAUGAAUGGCAUAAAAAUCAGUGGCAGAGAAAUCGAUGUUCGCUUGGAUCGUAAUGCAUAAUUUUAAA